GGGCAUUCGGGCUGCACGUGUCGCAUUCUCAUGCGCUCGAUUUUGCAAGUUUCGCGUAACGUAGAUACAGUAACUACAUUACGAACUUCUUCGAGUAUUUGUGUUCUGAAGAUUGUGUGUGAAGGAUUAUUACGAAAACCUUUUCAAGAAUGAAAGCUAAAGGAAUGGAGACGGUCGUCCAAUAUUUGCUGCUAGCUCUGGCUCUGACCUCAGUGCAAAUAUCCUAUACUGAGAGCAGACUAAAUGAAAAACGGAGGGAUAAAACUGAAAGGCGGUAUCACGCACCACAAAGUAAAGACAACAUAUGUGAAAGCACAGAUAGAGAUUCUAAAGUCCAUUGCUAUUGCGAGAGCACUGAUGUAAAAACUGCAACAAGAGCAGAUUGCUGGGUAUUUAAUGGUGGCAUCGACGAAUCAGACCCAAUAUGGAAUAGCUUUAAUUCUCAACCUUUUCUCGAAAAACUAACUUUCAACGUACGAUCAGAUGGAGCACUCAAAUUUGUCCCAUUACACGUCAUACACCGCAUGAAAAGGCUCCAAAAACUGUACAUCCACUACGCAACGCUAAGCAAAAUAGAAAAAAAAACAUUCUCAAACAUCACAACUUUGAGAGACAUAACGCUAAUGAACGACAAAAUAACCGAGCUGGAUUUCUCUGCAUUCGCAAACCUCCCUUCACUCGUAAACUUAACCAUAAAAGAGAAUAAAGUAACAGAAAUUCAGAGAGAUGUUUUCGUCGAUUUGCCAAUGUUAAGGUAUUUAGACUUGUCAUUCAACAGUAUUACAUUGGCCCACGAUGGUUGUUUUGAACAUUUGACGGUCCUCAAUGAUCUGAUAUUGGAGAGCAAUUCAAUUACGGUGUUGACUAGAGACACUUUCCGGGGUUUAGGUAAUUUAACGCGAUUGGAUCUACGGACGAACAAAUUGUCUAUGAUAGGAGAUUUGACUUUCGCGGAACUAUGGAAUUUAAAUGAGCUGCUUUUAGACAAUAAUGAGUUGAAGUACUUAUCUCAAAGGGCAUUCGACGGGCUGACGAUGCUCCAGAAACUAUCUAUGACAGGGAACAAGUUGAAGUCAAUUAAUGAAGGACUUUUGGAAGGCGUUCGAGGACUCGAGCUCCUGGAUUUGAGGAACAAUGAAUUGGAAUUCUUUACUUACGAAACAAUUAAGCCGAUUAUAGACAACUUGAAAGUGAAGACGUCGGUACUUUAUCUGAGUGGCAAUCAACUAAGCUGCGACUGUCGUCUAUCCUGGGUCCAAGUUCUGCGGAAUGAAACAAAAAGCGAACCACUAAUACAAGCUCUUGACGAUGUAACAUGUGCUAUGAAAACUAUUGAAACAAAUGACGUUAGCAUUGACAAUAAAAACGCCCUAGGAGACGAAUUUCAGAAGGACACUGAAGAAAUUCUUACCAAAGAAACUAUUAUUAUGGAGCCUACAGAAAUUGAUCAAGUAGUAUUAGUAAAUUUGCCUGUUGAUACUUUACCUUGUCCCAGUGAAUUAAACGGUGAAGAUUCACUUAUGUUGUCGUCUAAAGACGAAAAUUAUUGGCGUAGUCCUUCCAGAGCCACAGUUGUGUCUAGUUUCGGACUAGUAUUAAACAUUGUUCUUGCAAUGGUAGUUUAGAAUGAUGAAAUAGCUGGUUUUGGGAAUGUUUAGAGAAAAAGUUUAUUCGGAACUAUUUAAAGAGGGGAUUCGCUUAAUGUAAUGCGAUUUCGUAUAGCAGAGCAAAAUCAGAUUU